AUGGUUGAGCAUGAGGUUAAUGCAUCAAAUGAAGAAAAAGAAUGGAAAGAUAUCAAAGUUAAAUUAGCAACAACGUCAAUUCAAGGUAAAGUUAUACUUGAUGUUGGAGGUGAUAAAUUUUCUACAAGUGUUGAGACAUUAACACGCGAAAAAAAUACAUUUUUCACUGCACUCUUCUCUAAACAAUGGCAACUUGAAAGAGAUCCUGAUGAUGAAAGUAUAUUUAUUGAUCGUGAUGGAAAAUUGUUCAAUUAUAUACUAGCAUAUUUAAGAACAAAUAAACUAUCAAGUGACAUAUUGAACAACGAUUCACUUCGUGAACUUCUUCUUACAGAAGCCGAAUAUUUUCAUUUACAUGCUUCACGUGAUGGAUUUGAUGCAAAUGCAUUUCAUUCACGGUGUAAUAAUAAAGGACCAACAAUGACAAUUAUUCAAUCCAAUAACAACUAUCUUUUUGGAGAUUAUACAGCUAUACCAUGGACUUCGGAUAAUUCAUAUAAAAAUGAUAUUACAGCAUUUUUGUUCACUUUGACCAAUCCUCACAAAGAUUCCACCGUCUAA